GUGGUGUGAAGUUGCUUUUCGCUUUGAACGGAUGUUUUAUAUAGUUGUUGUUCGAAUGUCUGUAAUGGUAUUGAAGGUACAUGUUUCUUCGGUAUUGUAGGUAUGAUGUAUACACAGAUUGGUAGCCAAUGGGUUUAGGUUUGGGAACAAAUUUAAGUCCCUUGUUUAGUAUGCUUUUAGUGGCAUCCGAGACAUGUAUAUUGGAUAAGUUAAUUAUAUUAUCCCCUGCCUUUUGUUUUUGGAUUUUAUUUAGUAGUUUUUUUUUUGUUUUGUGUCUGUUCCUGUUUUGGUUUCGUUUGUUCUGUAGUUGUGCUAGUAGUUUUGGUUUGGUUAUUGUUAUUUUCGGUUGUUGUUGGUCCUUUGUUUGUUCUGAAGAUAGUCUAGGAUGUGUCUCGGUUGGAUAAAAUUUUUAAUUUGUUGUUGGAUGUGAUUUGAUAGUAAUGGGUGUGUUAUGGUGUUUGUUCUCGGUGAGAAGUUUUGUUUUGUAGCUGUUGUUGUAGUUGUAUGUAUCAGUGGAUAUCGGGUUGGUUGUAGUAGUGGGUUAAUUGGUAUUGGAGGUGUUGGUGUGUUGGGUCUGUAAAGGAAGUUUGAUCGUGUUGUUGUGGGUGUCAGUGGGCCUCUUGGGCGAAUGUGCGGUCUGUUAAAUGUUGUCAUAGAGUUAGUGUAAUAUGUUGCUAUGUCAGUUUGUAUGGGUGUAUGUAUGUUUCCCAUAAUCUGCUGUGUAUUAUGUGUCUGUAUUGGCGUAGAGUUUUUUGCAGUCGUAGUAUGUAUUGGUUUAUCGUUGUUGUUGUUUUCCGUCAAGUAUAAUUAUAACAGGGGUGGCCUACUGUAAGGGUAAUACGCAACUCAUAGUUCAGCAGUUAUCGUAUUAAUUACAAUUGAUUUCACUUAGUCAACAUCACGAAAUUUUCCCACAACCAACACACAUAUAUAUAUAUAUAUAUAUAAAUUGAUAGGCAAAACAAAACAUAACAAUUUCGACUGUCCACAUAUAGCGGUACCUUUAAAACAACGGAACUUGGCACGGAUAUGGACACAGAUACGGACAACCCAAACAACAACGAUAUUGAUAACCUGAUGGAAUUAGAGCACAGCAUAGACACCAGUGAUAUAAUACAGACAGAACCUAUAGAAUACAAUUUCAGCGACACACAAAUCACAAAACUUCUAGACACAAACGACGACAUAUGCCAACUACAAAUGGACGCCCUGUCCUUGACAAGGAGAGGGUCGACAAGUAUAUAUACUAACAAUAAACUAAACACAAACGAGAACGAUCCAUUAUUAACGAACGACAGUACAACAAAAAAUUUGGACAACUCACAAACAGACAAUGACAGCGACACUGGCCUACAAAACGUAACGCAAAAAACGCCUCCUCAAACUGACCGUAACCAACCCAACACAAAUACCCCAGACGAACCAAACAACAACCCUGACUAGAAAACAGACACACAAACUGACAACGUAGAAACAGCCUCUUCGACAUACAGACUACUCUCAACUAUCCCGAAAGAAAAACAAAUUAAGACGAAAACAAUACUGGAGAACCUCACGACCCACAAAACAGACGGAACAUUACCCAACAACCUAAACAAAACAACGGACUGCCACAUCAUACUAGACGAAGACCUCCGACAACGCUGGGUGCAAGCACCCAGAGAUGCCGCCUACAAACAACUCGACAUCUUACUAGAACAACAAAAACGGAAACUUACAAAUAUAGAAACAAAAAUAACACACGCUACAAAACGAAUAAGGGACAACAUCACCGACGUUACAAAAACAACAGAAAUACUAAAACGAACAGACGAAAUAAGCCAACGUUUCUCGGCAAGAUGGAUGUCAAAACACGGCACCCAACGCUACAAACCGAACAAAAACAUUGAUUUAUUUACUUUGCCGUCGUCCUUAUACAUUCAUUGGCUGGGAAACCACAACAGCUAUUGCCAAUUACAGCGGCCCCAAUAGUUAUACAGAAACAAUUUACAAGGUAUACGAAACACACACAACAGACAAUACUUGAACAACAGUCAUUACAUUUGUCUAAAAGCAGCAUGUCAAUGGAGAGUUCAUUAAACUUCGAGCGGAAUUACAUUUUAUACACACACUUUUCCAUGUUCGGGGAUCCUCAACAUCGUAUGUAUUUUCUAAUGCUAAAAUAUAGUACUUAAAAAGAAGAUUCUUGAAUUCUGAAAAUGUUAGGUCUUUGGAUGUAAUAUAAUUGGGUAGUGUGUUCCAUAUUCUUGAUGUUCGGAUUUUGUAAGAUUUUUCAUAGGUUGACGUUUUGUAUGUCGGAAUUUUAUAUUUGUUCGAGUUGGGAUUAAAUGAUCUUGUCUGUCUUUGACCCUGAGGUUGAGGAAAUGGAAGAAUUUUUUUAUCAAUAUUAAAAAUGUCGUGAUUUGCCUUAUGGAAGAAUACUACAUCCAGGUAUUCGUGCCAGUAGCUGAGAGGGAGCAAACUGGUUGCAAG